AUGAUGAAUAGCCUCGCUUAUAGUUCUCUGGCGCUUGCCAGCUCAUUGUGCAAGCCGCCAUUUAUUGAGAAGUCAAUGAAAAAUGAGAAAAAAGUCCAAUUCUCGGUUGUCUCUCCGUAUACGGCAAAACUUCAAUACAACGACUACGAAUCAUCAGAGAGAACGAAAAAGCAUAAAGAAAAGAUCGCCAUCGCCGACAAGAAGCAGCGUCGAAAUCGUACCACAUUCACCACCUACCAGCUCCACGAGCUCGAGCAGGCCUUCGACAAAUGCCACUAUCCGGAUGUGUACGCCAGAGAGACGCUUGCCCACAAAAUCUCCCUUCCCGAAGUUCGCGUUCAGGUUUGGUUCCAAAAUCGACGAGCCAAAUAUCGACGACAGGAGAAGCAAGACGGCAGCGUCGAGGACAAGAGCUCGAUUCGCAAUAUGCAGGCGCCGAGUUGGUCGUGGAUCAACAACAACAAUUCGAGCACGUCGUCGUCAAAAUCGGCCGACGCGACAACUACCGUAUCACAAGCUACCGUACCCAUCGAGGAUUUUUUCGAUGCGCAGAAGGACGUCGAAAAGUCGUUGUUCGAUGCACACAAGGCAUUCGACAUCAAACCGCCGGCAAAUUUUCCAAAUUAUUCCGCCAAUGCUGCUGCGUCGUCGAAAAUCGAGGCCGAUAACGAUUUCGACGACAAAAAAGACGGCUCCAAUGCGGCCACGUCGACUCAAUUUUUUCCCGACACCUACCAGCCGUUCUUUCCAUUCGGCAACUCAUAUUUCGGCGCCGCUCAGCCGUCAUUCAGCGGAAUGCCCGCAGGAUUUUCGUACCCGUUCAACUAUUCUCUCCCGUUCGAGCCCUCCAGUGUUCCCAAUGACUGCUAA